AAAUAUAAUAUAGAUUUUUAAAUCAUAUAUUCAUAACGCAGACCGAAAUUACUGAAAAGUACCACGAUUCUGUAUUUUAGUACUUUUACCUGGGUCAUUAAAAUGCUUUACAAAAUUAUUUUAAUUAUUGGGCUGGUUUCAUUGCCAACCACGAGAUCAGACGAUGCGUCUCAAAAAUUGGAAUCUGAUCUACUCAUCGGUACUUUCAACAUACAAGUGCUCGGAAGAACAAAAAUCGGCAAGAGAGAGGUCGUUGAUGUACUGGUGGAGGUUCUAAAUCGAUAUGACUUGGUUGGAGUUUUAGAAAUUCGCGAUUCUUCUCAGACAGCGUUUGCCGAACUUGUGCAAAGUUUAAACGAAUAUGCCGGAGGAGAUGUCUUUGAAUUUUUCACCGGAAGAAGAACAGGAAGAAGUUCAAGUAAAGAACAAACGGGGUUUAUUUACAGAACGGAGAAGCUAGACGUUGUCAGUAUGUACGAAAGGUUUGAUGAAUAUGACGUACUUGAACGUGAACCGACGAUUGCCAGAUUCAAAAGAGUGCAACCGAUAGGACUCGUACGAGAAUUCACAUUCAUUCCAAUCCACAUAAAGCCUGACGAUGCAGUUGCUGAAAUGAACAGCCUUUUAGAUGUUUGUGAUGAAGCUGAAAGAACUUAUGGCGAGAAUAUCAUUGUUGCUGGAGAUUUGAAUGCAGACUGUUCAUAUGUUCCCAAAUCAAAAUGGGAAGAUUGUCAAUUGAGACAAAGUGAAGAUUACCAAUGGAUGAUCUCGGAUGAAGAAGAUACAACCACAAAGAAAACAAAUUGUGCAUACGACAGAAUUAUUCUCCGAGGAAAAGACAUCAAAGAAAAUUCAUGCUGUGCUAGAGUUUACAGAUUUGAUCAAGAGAUGCAACUGGAUCAGGAACUGGUUGAAGACGUCAGCGAUCAUUUUCCAGUCGAGUUUAUAUUAUCCUAGGCAUCACUAUGAAGACUAAAUAGAACAAAAAGUCAAAGUCAGCAAAAAAUCAACGUCAUUCUUAAGAUUAAUUUCACAAAAAUAACAAGAAAACAAACCAAUUAUAGUUUAGCACUGCCUAUCAUGCUUCUUGAAUACUUAAUUUUACCUCGAAUUUAAGUCGAGUUAUAACGUAUAACAAUUUGACGUAAGUUUUAUCUGAGUAAAAAAUUAUUUUUUUUCAUUUUUACGAAAUCAUCACUUUAUUUGAAUUGACAAACACACUCUAUAAAACACGUUCAACGAUAUUUAACUCACUAUUUUAAACUUUUGAGACGCUUCAAAGUGUUAAUUCAUGACAAGUGACGUGUUGGUAGAUUCGCGGAUACGAUGAUUUCACGAAAACUAUCAUCCAUAACAUCUCUGAUUUUACUUCUAUUGUAAACGUGUUUUUGAUAUUUUAAUACGUUCAUAGUCCUAUUUAGUAGUUUGCUUUUAAUAUGCUAUAUGUUACUAUUAUUUGUGUGUUGCUGACAAACUAUUCCCUACGUGGGCACGGAGAUGCUUGGAGAUAUUGGGAUCAUGCAAAACAGCAAAAUCUUCUUGAAAUUAAAAAAAAAACACGUUAUAAUAUUAUUCAAAACUUUGAAAUAUUGCAUACCGGGAA